AUGCCUGAGUCGGGGCUGAGCGCCGAGCCUGUAAAAGACGCGCAAAUAGAGCAGGGCGCGGGGCAAGGCGAGACGCUUGCGUUGCUGCAUACAAACUUGACGACUUUGGAAACGAAUAUUCUCCCCGCACUCGCACGCGCCGGCGAUGCUUUUUUCGAGCGCAUGUACGUAUACAGCCUUGCUCACGACAGCACCUAUACGCUAGCGAACCCUGCUGACGGGGAUAUGGCGAGCGCAUCACUAGAACGACUGGAUGCGCAAUUAAAUGUUGUGCAAACUUUUCUAGCAAGUACGGGCUUGGCCGGCAUGCCGCUUGGCGCGCCAUGCCCGGAUGCCGAGGCUGUACGUACACUCUCACAUCGCGUAUUUGAGCAGCGCGCACGCUUGAACGAUGCAUCUGCUAUGGUAGCUAGUAUUUUGACAUCGGAAGAGUAG